AAAGUGUUUACUAAGAUCUUGGAUUUGAGGAAGUCAACGAGAAGAACUCCUCAUGGAUCGCUGGAGAAGAGUCUCGCCCUGACAGAGUCAGAAAAACUAAGAGAAAUACAAAGAGUCAAAAUCAUACAGCAAAAACACACACCUGCUUUUGAUGAAAAAAUAAACUUUUGGUGUUCUCAUGAAACUCUGUUGGCACAAAUACACACAUGAAUAAAUCUGUGAAUAAGAUGAAAGAAAAUAUAAAUCAAACAAAUAGCCUACAGGAGGACGGAGAAAGAUAACAAGUGUUUCUCACGACACACAGUUGUCUGUACACACACUUUCUGCUUUACACAACCCUCACACAGACACGCACUCACUCACUCACUCACUCACGCACAUACACACACACCCGUAAAGAUUUAUGAUGUUUCUAAGGUUGAAGAAAACAUUCAGUGUUUACAAAUGAGCGUGAACUGAUAGAUCAGGCGUUUUAUGAGCCAUCGUUUGUGAAAUGAAAGAGUACAGCGGAGCAUCUCAGAUCUGUGUCUCUGAACGCUGGGAAACACGUUUGAUGUGGCGUAGAGGCCAGGUGUGUGAAACAGGAAAAGUGAACGAGCGCUUGAGCUUCUGCAGAGAUGAGCGCUUGUGGCAGUAAAUGACCUCUGUUGAGCUUCCUCAAUUACGGGCCGCCUCAUUAGAUUUAUUACCCACCAACCACCAUUCAGCCGUCAGCCUUUGACUUCAAUUUCUGCUUUGAUGUUCCACCGUCAAGACCACAACAAAUAACAGACCAAAGCUUUCCAACGGAAGAUCCUGUGAUUUUUCACAAAUGCUGACACUGUGGGCGUUGAUGCAACAGCAGUUUCUUACUGAUGGAGUGUGUGUGCAAACCAUUCUAUCUGCAUGCCUCUCUCUCUCUCUCUCUCUCUCUAUUGCACCAGCAUCCCAGUGACAGCUGAGUGGCUGAGGCGUAAUUGCAGAGAAGUGAGGUCAUCAGGAGGCUUUUAUCAGAGACUGCACAGCGUUCAGCAACACAAGAAGAUGCAGAGCGCAGACGGGCCGUCCCCAAAGUCUCUCUCUCUCUCUCUCUCUCUCUCUGGACCGCACAGUUUCUCUGGAAUGAUCAGAACUGAAACACACCACCUGGAAACACAUGAAUGAGUCGCUGUGGACUGGAGGAGGAUCUUUCAGGCUUUGAGGAUUCUAUCAGCGGCGUAUCUUCUGCCACAGUGAAGACUUUUGCUCUCAGUAUGUGGUUCAUGAACUCCUUGAGAAAAGUAUAAUGCGCAGAUGGACGCUCCUAUGGAAACUGCCAAACUUGCAGUGCAGACUGUGGUUAAACCUUCUGCUGGUCUUCAGUCACGUAUGCGCGUGUGACAGCGAUAGAGUCACCGGUCAAACCUCUGCAACCGACUGUUCCAAGCAUGAACGCCACACCAGGAACUUUGACUAUAUGGAAGGAGGGGACGUCCGAAUCCGACGGCUCUACAGUCGAACGCAGUGGUUCCUCACCAUCGAUGAGUUUGGGAACAUCAACGGAACACAGGACCCAAACAACUGCUACAGUGUUCUGGAGAUCAGGACGGUCUCUGAAGGAGGUGUGUUGGCCAUUAAAGGACUGAAGAGUCAGUAUUAUAUUUCCAUGAAUCGAAUGGGAACACUGCAGGGGAAGAAAGAGUACAACGACAGCUGCGACUUUAAAGAAGUGUUCCUAGAAAACUUCUACACGGCGUACGCCUCUGUGAAAUGGACUAAAAACGGAAAGGAGAUGUUCAUCUCUCUGUCACAAAAGGGCCGGCCUCUGAAGGGAAAGAAGACGAGAAAAGAAAGCGUGGCUUCUCACUUCAUCCCUAGAAAGUGCAGAGAGGACGAGAAGACACUGGCGUAACCUUAAAGUCACAUAUUUAUACUCCAUCAUCUGAAUGAAAGAAUAACACAAGCUUCAGAAAGAUUCUGGAGGUCACUUGAUGAGGAUCAUAGAAGGGGUUUGGAAACGUGUCAGAAAUAACUUUUAUAACAAUAACAGACCUUUCAACAAAAUCUAGAACAAUAGAAAUCUCUGCAUUCAUGACUCAUCGCUUGAUUUUCAUCAGACACAUUCCACUAAUGUACUUCCACAUCACAUUCAAACUGAGCCUGAUCAAACUGUGCAGAACUCAACAUCUCCAAAGAGAAAACGUCUCAUAGUCUCAUAUUAAUAAUCAAACUUUAUUCAACAGGAAAGUUCCGUAAGAUUAUCUAAGAAAUGUGAGUUGCUUCAACAAGAGUUUGACCGGAUUUCGUUUUCACAUUAUCACUCCGUCCGAGUUGAUUGUGUACAUAGUUUUGUUAUUUAUGAUAUUUAUGUAAGAAAGACUGAUACAAUAAUGAACAUAUAACACCAGACUUCUGUAUCAUUGUGCUGUAAACACAAAACAUUUUCUUCUGCUGCUACGAAUAAUAAAAUAAGAGGUCUUUUAUAUGACAAUAAAAUAUGUAUAUCCUUUCUACUGAGCAAUGCAUUCUGGGAAUUAUUAAGUGUGAUAGUCUGAGAAAUCACUUGUGAAGAGAACAAUAGUGCUGUUAAACUCAGUCUGUCUUAUUUGUUCUUCUGUCUUCUUAUGAUUCAUGUGAAAGAGAGAAGCUACAGAAGAACAACCAGCACAACACAACACACACAAACUGACACUAUAUGACAGGAUCCUGUCAACCUCACUGAGAACUUCCCUUAAUAUGGAGGUGUAUUAUGUACAGAAUAUGAAGAGUUUGGUGC